AUGCCCCGUUCGCUCCCCCUUCUGAAGAGGAACAUCACACUGCAGGAGGCACUCGGCGAUGAUGACGAUGUCCUUCAGGAGCUGUCGUAUCCGGAGAAACGGCUGGACUUUUUCUACUAUCUGUUUCAACAUCGCAAAGAAAUCGAGGCUGUUGUAUCUUUCCAUCUAGGAGUUCCCAAGGAUACCUGCAAAGUAGCAGAAGAAUUCAGAGAGUGGGUUCACGGCAGCUUCAAUGCCUGCAUACCGGUCUACAUCGACGAUCCGGUCAAAUCCUGCCCAAAGAAAGUGUUCAUCAGGUUCCCCCUACCGUACAAGGUCGGCGAGUUGCGGCAUCCCGGCAACGCAGAGGAGAAGCUCCGUUGUGAGGUCGCAACUUACAUAUGGAUCCAGAGCAACUGUCCCGCCGUUCCAAUACCCUGCUUAAGAGGCUUCGGCUUUUCUGGAGGUCAGAGUUUCACCGCUCCCGAAAAUGCACCCAUAUUGACCCGAAUUUCAUGGUUCUUCCGACGGGGAGCAUCAUGGCUACUCGGUCGCUCGGUUCCCUCUCGAUACAUUGGCCGCCAAUCGCCCCAUAACCUAGAGGUUGGAUAUCUAAUUGUGGACUGCGUGGAAAAGGGCAAGAUGCUAUCCGAAUCUUGGGAGACGCUACGGCACGACCAGGACCGAAGGGCCAAUCUCUUUAGGGACUUAUCUCGAAUCAUAUUGUCAUUGGAUCGAUUUACUUUUCCACGCAUAGGGUCUCUGACGAUAGAUGAUCACGGUGUUUUGAGUCUCACAAAUCGGCCCCUUACAUGUACAGUCCAGCAGCUGGAGAAUCUUGGCAUUCCGACAGAUAUCCCAAGGGAUCUGACGUAUUCUACUGUAGACGCGUACCUGUCGGAUAUCCUUGCGUAUCAUGAUAAUCGUAUACGGUAUAUGCCUAAUUCGAUGCACAACACAUUAGACGGCCAAGAGCAACUCUCAGCGUUGACUAUAAUGCGAGCUCUCCUCCGGCACUUUACAAAUCGCGAUCUACGUCAUGGACCAUUUGUUCUAACGCUUACUGAUAUCCACCAGAGUAAUAUCUUCGUCGACAGCAACUGGCAUAUUACAGCAAUGAUUGACCUCGAGUGGGCCUGCGCUCGACCGAUAGAGAUGCAACAUCCACCAUAUUGGUUGACUAGUUGUUCGCUAGAUGGUCUCGAUGGCAAACACCUCGAAGCUUACAGCAGUGUGCAUUCGGAGUUCUUAGAAGCCUUUGAAACGGAAGAACGGUCGCUUGGAAAGGGUGAUAUCCCAUCUACGCGAUUAAUGCGGAAAGGCUGGGAACUCGGGAGCUACUGGUACUUGUCUGCAUUGGACAGUCCGAAGGGGCUCUAUAACCUGUAUCUCACACAUAUUAGGCGGAGGUUCGCCAAACCCGAAGAUUCCAAUACCGAAUUUGAUCGAUCUGUGUCAGCAUACUGGAGUACUGGCGUGGCCGAAUUUAUUGCUUCAAAGGUUAGGGACAAGGAGUUGUAUUCUAGUCAAUUACGCCAAAGAUUUGCUCCUUCUGCAUUUCCAGAACAGCAUGAACCAGAGAUGGCAGAUUGA